AUGUCCAAAUUAAUAUCAGGUAAAUUAGUAGAUGAAAAAAGUAGAUGUAUCCAUUGGCAUGGUGAUUUAGAUAUCAUAGCUUUAAAAUUCAAAUGCUGUCCCAACACAUAUUAUAGUUGUUAUACGUGUCAUCAAGAAUUAUGUAAUCACAAAGUGGAAAAAUAUAACAGACUUGACAACAAAGUGAAUCUAAUAAUAUGUGGAAAUUGCCGUAAAGAAUUUACCUUCCAGGAAUAUGUAACUUCGGAUUAUAAAUGCUUAAAUUGUAAACAAAAAUUUAAUCCCGGGUGUAAACUUCAUUAUGACAUGUAUUUUAAAUAA